CUCCCCUCGCUUCUUCCUGCUUUGGCUUAGCUUCUAUAAAAAGCUGCCCACCAAGGCCGUGUUUCCCCCCGAUACCUUCUCCCCCGACUUUUCCUUCCCCCGCUCGACGACUGACGACGACCACCCCCCAACCCGACGCCGAAGCCACACCAAAUCCCAGCCUCCUCCUCUAGGGUUAGGGUUCCGCCUCCAGUCGCGAAUUUCCUUGGAUUUUCCCCAUUUCUGGAGCUCAAAAUUGCCUGUAUCGGCUUAGUUUCUUAUAGGGGGAAGUUGUUUUUUUUUUGUGUGAUUUUAUCUUUUUUUAAAGAUUCUUUUUAGAUUUUGAGGUAAAAAUCGCGGCUCUCUGAGGCGAUUAGUGCUCUGGAGCGCGAUUGGGCUGUAAUUUGGUUAUUUUCUGAAAGAAAUAUUGCGGGUUUUGUGCCAAAAAAAAAAAAAAAUCGCCGUCUUUUGUUCAGCACGCGGCUGCAAAAUUUAGUGGAGGUGAAAUUUAGCUCUUCGGAGCGGCCUCGGUGCUCUGAUUCCUGAUCACCAGUGCGCACUCUAUGAGCGCCGGGCGCGCGGAUUGGGGCUCCGGCUGUUUGGGCGCGCGCACGGGGUGUUGGUGUUAAUGCCUCGUCUGUCCUGCAAGUUCGUGGACCCAGACAGCGUCGUUUCCUCCGCAGCGGCGCGCCGCGUGCGGCCAGACACGAUGAGCUGCGGCAGCGACGGGUGCAGGGACGGCGGCAGCAGUGGCAGCGAGGAGUUCAGGCGGCCUCGGCCCAGCAAGGUCGCUGCAGAUGAUUCGGUGUCGCCGGCACGGUGCUCAGAUGCCGCGGUGCCGGCGUCCUGGAUAGACAGGAAGCUGCUUGUUGAUCCCAAGAUGCUGUUCGUUGGGGACAAGAUUGGGGAGGGAGCUCAUGGGAAGGUCUACAAGGGGAAGUACGGUGAUCAAAUUGUAGCGAUAAAGGUUCUUAACCGUGGCAGUACUCCUGAAGAAAAAGUAACACUCGAGGCUCGUUUCAUUCGAGAAGUAAAUAUGAUGUGCAAAGUGAAACAUGAUAAUCUUGUGAAGUUCAUUGGAGCUUGCAAGGAACCAUUGAUGGUGAUUGUUAGUGAGCUACUACCAGGGAUGUCACUAAAAAAUUACCUGAACAGCAUUCGGCCUAGCCAACUAGAUACACACACUGCAAUCAACUAUGCACUGGAUAUAGCUCAUGCAAUGGAAUGUUUACAUGCCAAUGGCAUAAUACAUAGGGACCUGAAGCCUGACAAUUUAUUGCUUACAGCAAAUCGCAAGAAGCUGAAACUUACUGACUUUGGACUUGCACGUGAAGAAACUGUGACUGAAAUGAUGACAGCUGAAACUGGGACUUAUCGAUGGAUGGCCCCAGAGUUAUACAGCACUGUCACACUUCGACGUGGUGAGAAAAAGCAUUACACAAAUAAAGUGGAUGUGUACAGCUUUGGCAUUGUUUUGUGGGAACUGUUGACCAAUAAAAUGCCAUUCGAAGGCAUGUCAAAUCUACAGGCUGCAUAUGCUGCUGCUUUUCAGCAAAAGCGUCCAGCUCUCCCCGAGGAGACCCCCCAGGAGCUUGUGUUCAUAGUACAAUCAUGCUGGGUCGAGGAUCCUUCCAUGCGACCCAGUUUCAGCCAGAUCAUCCGAAUGCUUGAAACUUUCCUCAUGACGAUACCUCCUCAACCACCUUCAGAAUCAAACGAAGAUGAAGAAUCAGAAGAAAUGAGGUCGUCACUGAGCAGUAGGAGUUCCUCUGGCUCCUCGCUCGUUUCGCGUGCGACAAGCAAGCUCUCGGUUGUCUGCCAUCUCUUCGCCUCAAAGAAGGCAAGCAAUGGGAGGGCAUGAUGCCAUGCCCCGAGAGGCUGAGACGUUUCCUUUGGUGCUGUAAAGAUGCUAGCCUAGGUUAUGCGUAAUACAAGAGGGAUCUUGUUCAGUGUAGAAUAGCUGUUGUAUUGAUGAUACAGAAGAAAGUUCAAGUGCAACUUAUGCAAGCUAUAUGUUCCGAGGGGUUUCUCUUCUUCAA